GUUCCAUCUGAUGCAGUUCCCAAUAGACCUAUUGCUGAUCUUCGACGGGGUCACUGGGUAGUUGGUUCCUCCAUUGUACAAUGACAGUUUGAACAGAGAAGAAGCACCAAGUAAGUCAACGCACAGCAACUUCCAGCAGCCAAUCAAUCCUCUAAAAUUCUCCCAUAGCCCUGACGCUGCUAUGAUUUGCCUCACAGAUCGUCCUCUGCAGAAGGCAUCUUCAAGGAGACGAGAGGGAGACGAUAAAAUGUCAACAAGAACGUGGAGCCCCAGCACAGGAGUUAAGUGGGUUCACUGUACUGAAAAAUCAUACCUGGUGGUAAAGCAGCUCACAGAUGGAAUGACAUUAUCAACUUCCUGGGUGAAGGAUGUGCAAGAUACAGAAUCUUCAGCCUACCACUUCUUCAAGAAAAACCAACUGUUUGCCUGGAACUUUGUGGACACAAUCAUCUUGGAGGUGAUUCAAGAUGAAUUGGUGCCUGAUAUCUUAAUGGAAGUGCUAUUGCAUGAUGACACUGAGUGUCGACCAAUAUAUGCACCAAGUAUGAAGAAAUCCCAAGUUCAGAAUGAAUUGCAACAAACAGCACAACUGGUUGCAUUCAAGCAACGACCAGCAGUGUCAAUAUUGGAAACACUCUUGGAGGAAGAAAUCAGUGACCUCACAAGAGGAUUGAUCAGAAAUGUUCUUGAGGAGUUUGUUAACGUUCACCUGACCACUGCCACCGUCAAUAAAUCUCUGACAGAACUAAUAAUGGAGACGAUUGAGCCAAUGGUGCCACAACUUGUGAAAGAAACAGUAAAUGAGAUGGUACUGGAGGAGAUCCUGCAGGAAGAUAUUGUUCCAGAUGUGUUAGAUGAGGAAAUGAGGAAUAUCGUGUUGCUACAGCUAAGUGAACAUGCCACUAAAGUAUAUGAACAGCAGAUGGAGGAGGUCAGAAUAUAUGCUGGCAAGAGACUGAUUGACAUGUUUCUUCUGGAGACUCUGCUGAAAACUUUGGGAAAUGAAGGGAGAGCAUUCUCUGAAGAGAUUGAGUUGGACAGGCUGUUAGACAGUUCAAUGCUUGACAUUCUUUUGGCCCAGUACCUCAACAUCAGCCAAUAUAAUUGUGUAACCAUUGACAAUGUGGCAUUAAGAGAUUACCAUUUGAAGGCUUUUACUGAUGUGGCGCUGGAUGUGAUUCUGACGGAAAUGGGUGAACAUAUGGAUGAGGACAUGGCUGAUCUUUUCCAGUAUGAAAGGCAAAUAGAAGCAGACUUCAUUGUAGAGCAAUGAAGUCGAGUAAUCCGGGCUGCUGAUGUGGGGGUGGUUCUAAUUGUGUUUGCUUGUAUUCCAACUUGCUGCAUCAAAGGAAGAAAAACAUGUUUGCCGUUUUAUCACAUAAUUUAAACAUCUUAAGGAUCUUUUUAAAUUCAAUUUCUUAUUUUGAACUGUCGGUCUUACACAAGAACAGUAGCUAUUAAGUUGGCCAGGGCACAGGACUGCUGUCCUGCUCUUCAGGCACCUUUGUUUGAUCUGAAGUCCCCAUAUAAAGGAUUGCACUUGAAACAAUGCAUCAGUUGAUCAGUUCUUAAACGGACUUUCACCUUAGUUUAUGGAAGAGUCACUUGACAAAGGAUUUCUCCGCUCAGAGGUUACUUGAGCAAUCAUCUUGCAAUAAAGGCUUUGCUAGCAAAGUGUUUCAUAUUGAGAUGGCAUUGUGUGCAAAAGUAUAAGAAUAUCUCUGGUAUCAUUCAUUCCCCACAGGUAGAC